ACAAUGCUCAAAAGAGGUGUACAUUCGGAUAACACUACAAAAUGAGCCCACUGAAGUUUUAAUUGUGCUGGUUAUCUAUCAUGAUCGGCUCUGUCGGUCCAUCGUUGCAAUAUUGUUAUUGUCAACCAACUGCAUAACUAUUGUGGGUGCGUUUAUUUGUAAAAUUUCAUCUCUUCUGUUUAAUUUCUGAUUCUGUGAGUAUCAUUAUACUCCGUAUGUAAUUCACAAUUCAUAAACAAGUAAAGAACCAUUAAUACAAAGUUACCGAUACUUCAAUUCCAAUUAUCUCUCGCCUACUCCUACCCUGACUAUCGUCUACGUGCACUGUUUCUGGUUUGCUAGUUUCGUGGUGGUGGGAGAGAAGGAAGAAGUAAAAGAGUAGAAGGAAACAUCUCCUCUGCUUUCACCCUGGUUGAAGUUCUAUCAGCAAACAUGUCUAACAGAUUAAGAAAUUCAUGGGCUAUUCCCAAUGCAACCACUGCUGAUCAUGCCUUAACUGACGUUACCUUGUUCUCAUGUUCAAUGCCAAUCCUUCCACAUGAAAAAUUAAUCCCCAAUGACUCUGAGACUAGAGGCCAAUUGAUCAAUGAUAGCACACAUAGACUAAGCGGAUAUCAUGUAGAAGGGGGGAGUAGUAGUCCGUUCGAUGACGAUGAUACAAGGAUGCCUGGGAACUUUCUUCCUGGGGAUGAAGAUGAGUUAUUAGCCGGCAUAACAUAUGAUUUCGAACAUAGGGAACUGCCUUCUAACCUGGAGGACUUAGAAGAUGAUCUCUUUGGCAGUGGAGGGGGGCUAGAGAUUGAACUAGAUCGCCAUGAUAUUAACCUACUUAACGGUUUUGCAAAGUUAAGUCUUCCUGAUGGUAUUCCUGGAAGCAGCAUUGGAGCUUAUGGCCUUUCCAAUGGUUCUGGAGAACACCCCUACGGAGAGCACCCUUCGAGGACUUUAUUUGUUCGUAAUAUUAACAGUAGUGUAGAGGACUCUGAAUUGAAAUGUCUAUUUGAGCAAUUUGGGGAUAUCAGAGCACUAUAUACAGCAUGUAAGCACAGGGGAUUUGUGAUGAUAUCUUACUAUGAUAUCCGAGCAGCUCGAAUUGCACUGCAUGCCCUGCAAAAUAAGCCUUUAGGAAAAAGAAAACUUGAUAUUCAUUUUUCAAUCCCAAAGGAAAAUCCAUCAGAUAAAGACGUUAACCAAGGAACUCUUGUGGUGUUCAAUUUAGAUCCUUCAGUGUCCAAUGAUCACCUACAACAGAUAUUUGGGGCUUAUGGGGAAGUCAAGGAGAUCCGGGAAACACUACAUAAACAACAUCAUAAGUUCAUUGAAUUUUAUGACGUUAGAGCUGCUGAAGCUGCUCUUAAGGCUUUAAACAAAAGUGACAUUGCUGGAAAGCGUAUAAAACUUGAGCCUAGCCGGCCUGGUGGAGCCCGCAAAAACUUGAUGCAACAAGGGACUCAAAAUCUGGAGCAUGAUGAUUUACGAUCAUUUAGGAAUCCAGUUGGAUCACCCAUAGCUAACUCUCCUCCAGGUAGCUGGCCCAAUUUUGGCAGUCCAGUCGAACCCAAUCAAUUUCACAAGUAUAGCACAUCUGCUUGUUUAACAAAUAUCAGGCCUAUAAAUAACAGUAUAUCCGGCUUGACCUCUGUAUUUUCCUCCAGUACUUCAAACCCCAUGAAGAUUGCACCUAUCGGUAAAGAUCACGGAAAGAAACUCGGUUCAAGUUCUGUGCCUGUCUCAUUUGAUGACUCAAAGCCAUCUGUAAUUUCGACACUUUCUGGUCCUCAGUUUCUUUGGGGAAGUCCUGUUCACUCAGAGCAAAAUGAUUCUUCUUCUAUAUGGUCAAAACCAUCAAUGGGUUGUCUAUGUACUUCCCAUGCUCAAGGACAAGGCUGUAAAUUUUCCCAUCAAGGACAAGGCUGUACAUAUUCCCAUCAAGGACAAGGCUGUACAUAUUCCCAUCAAGGACAAGGCUAUCCAUAUUCCCAUCAACAUGGCUCAUUCCUUGGCUCUCACCAUCAUGUAGGGUCCGCUCCUUCGGGAAUUCCAUUGGAAAGGCAUUUUGAGCUUUUCCCUGAAUCACCUGAAACAACAUGCCUAAGCCGAUCUAGCUUCGGAAGUGCCAGCACUAGUUACAAUAAUGGAGGCUCUCUUGGUGGGACUUUUAUUCAAAGUGGUUCUCUUGGUAGGACUAUUACUGAAAGUGGUUCUCCUUUUCAUAGAAUGAUGAUUCCAUUACUAUCAAGAAAUGGUCCUAUGUUCUUUGGAAAUGGCUCUUAUGGAAGAGAAGAAAUGAAUAAUAGUGAGUUAAUUCCUGAUCGCAGUCGAAGUAGAAGAGUUGAGAGUGGCAUUCAGACAGAAAUAAACAAGCAGUACCAGCUUGACUUGGAGAAAAUUGUGACUGGGGAAGAUAUGAGGACAACUUUGAUGGUAAAGAACAUCCCCAACAAGUACACUUCAAAGAUGUUACUUACAGCUAUUGAUGAGACUCAUAGAAAUACAUACGAUUUCCUAUAUUUGCCAAUUGAUUUCAAGAAUAAAUGCAAUGUUGGCUAUGCCUUCAUCAAUAUGGUGUCUCCAUCACAUAUUAUCUCUUUCUAUGAGGUAUUCAAUGGGAAAAGGUGGGAGAAGUUUAACAGUGAAAAGGUUGCGUCUUUGGCUUAUGCAAGAAUACAAGGAAGAACGGCUUUAGUUGCUCACUUCCAGAACUCAAGCUUAAUGAAUGAAGACAAAAGGUGUCGCCCAAUUCUCUUCCGUUCAGAAGGCCCGGAGAAAUCAGUUGAGGAGCCUUUACCUUCCCGCAACCUGAAUGUUUGUAUUCGUGGCCCAGAUGGAUCCUACUCGGGAGAUUCUCUGGAGGACACUCUUGAUAACUACCCCGGGGGUUCUACAUUUGCAGGAAGUGUCUGACUGACUACAUUAAGUGACAAUAAAAUUUUCGGUGCAUAUAUAAUAAUAACCAUCAGAAACAUGACUAUUUGCCUUGGACGUUGUAUGGGAGGCGCAGUUUAUUGUUCUUGGAUGGAGGGGGAAUCAAGGCGUUUCAUGCGAAAACCUUUUUGUAUCGGAGGGAACUGUUAGUUAAUGUUCUAAGAGAGCAGAAUUAGGGUUUUUACACGGUAAUGCUAACAGGGGGCACUUUUUAGUGAUAUUGAUUUACUUUCUUUCAUUGGAAUUAGGGGUCCAAUAUGUGAUUUGGGUGAUUUUACCUUUCAUCUGAACAGGUUACCAGAAAUCAAAAGUAUUGUAUAGAGGAUUUAGGGAUGCCACUCAAGUGUAUAGACUUUAAUCGUCAGUGUUUGUAUGUACAUUGAUUUUUCUUGUUUGUGGAGUUCUAAAAAAAUGUGCUACUAUAUCUUAAUUUAGUUUCAUGUUUUCAUUCAUAGAAAAUGAAAAUCGAACAUGGUAUAUUAGUAUUUGAUUC